AUACACGUCCUUGACCUUUUCCUCGUUAUAACAAACUUCUGUCGAACGCGAGAUCAAAAUGGCCGCUGCUAUGGAUGUUGACAACACAGACGAUUAUGGUGAAGGCCCAAGUAUUUCUUCAGAUAAAGGAAGCAAGAAAAGAUUUGAAGUGAAAAAGUGGAAUGCUGUGGCAUUAUGGGCUUGGGACAUUGUUGUCGACAACUGUGCUAUCUGCAGAAAUCACAUCAUGGACCUGUGCAUUGAAUGUCAAGCAAAUCAGGCAUCUGCCACCAGUGAGGAGUGCACUGUAGCAUGGGGAGUGUGCAAUCAUGCAUUCCACUUCCACUGCAUCACUCGAUGGCUGAAGACACGCCAGGUGUGUCCAUUGGACAACCGUGAAUGGGAAUUCCAAAAGUAUGGACAUUAAGCAGAGGGCCUGUAGGAUCUACCUCCACUAGAAUCUACCAUCUCAAUUACUACUUCCCGUGCAUCUUCAAUUCCACCAAGUUAAUCCAUUAGAAUGUUGCUAAUAAUAAAGACAUUUUGGUGUAAAACUA